GGGAAGAGGGGAAGACCAUCCAAGGAAGUAAAGUGAGCUCCUUAAGAAAAACCUUUUCUACUUGUGAAUUAUCAAACAGAGAUAAACAGGAUGGCUCACCUGGAAGAAGCAAUGAAAUGUGUGUGUCUCUUCCACCACAGAUGCCAAAUGAGAAUGAGACAGUGGUGGAUGAGAGCUGGAAGGCUGGUGGCUCUGAUGGGAACGAUCUCAGUCCAGCUCAAAGAGUGAAGGUGGACAAAUACUUAGAUUUGGAAGAUAUAGACACAGAUGAAGAGACAUGCAGUGCAGGGUCAUUAGUUCUCCCAGGAGAGGUGGAACAGGCAGUGACUUACUGUACACCCUUUUUGGAUAAGCCUUCUGCACUGAAGUUCAGAACCUUGUUGGGUCCACAGCUGUUGGACAGCAAAGCCCAAGAGCUACUAGGGGAUGAUGUUCAACCGUUCUCAAUUGAUGACGAAUUUGAUUACGACAGUGUGGAACUGACCCCUAAGUUCUCCGAAGCUGAGCUGAAGGGCAUUUUAGAACUGUCUGAAGAGAAGAAAAUGGGGACAGAUGUCAAGUCAGCAUGA